AUGGUGCUAGACGACCGCCGAAUUAAAGUGAAAGAGAAAGCAGAGGUUGUGAACAUGUCAAAAGAACGUGUUUGUGACAUAUUAAAUCAACAUUUAGACAUGGGAAAGCUGUGCGCACGUUGGGUGCCGUGUAUGUUCACGAGCAUAGCACGCAUCAUUAUUUGGCAAGCUGAAGGCAGAAUUUGCGGAAAGACGGCCACAUUUGCAGAUAAAGAAAAUCCUGUCUCACCAAGACAACGCACCGCACCUCAGCGGGUGCCAUGGCGAAAAUCCACGAUUUACGGUUUGAACUGCUUCACCAUCCGCCUCACUCACCAGAUCUAG